AUGGAGGGUAGGCAGGCAGAGGCAAUUCGAAAGCAAGCCGUGCAAAGAAUAUUACUGAAUUACGGUGAUUAUGUUGCGGAUAGAUGCUUGACGUACAAGCAGUCUGCGCAAUGGGAUCGAAAGUAUUCUGCAAAGUACUGGUCAGAAAUUCAUGAGAUCAUCGAGUCGGAGAAGGAGAUGAAGGCGAAAGCAAGAUCAUUGUUGCAAGCACCACCAUCAACACCAAUGUUGAGCCAUCUCGCAAUGCUCGCUUUAGAUCCAAAAGUACCGGUGGCCGAUAUUUUGUGGGAUAUAUCAGCUUAUACCGAGAGAAACAAGCUUUGCCACACAGACAUAGCGAUCAUGGUUAAGCAAGGCAACUGGAUGAAACUCGCUCAACGAACCCAAAUCGAUUAUGAAAAUGUAGAUGCGUUAUUACCAGACGAGUACAGAGACUGGAUAUUGCCAUUGAAAUCUGCGAUUAAGCAGUUUCAAGACAAGUACUUCUCUGAAAUAAAGAUCGAGAGAACGCUACACAUUACUGGAGGUUUCGAGAUAAGGGAUUAUAAAUUGAAUACCAAGGCUGAUGACACUAGAAGAGCACAGGAGGAGGUUGCUUUCGAAGUGGCCUUGAAUAGAAAGAAGAAGGCAGAAGAUCAGAGGCAAUUGAAAAAAGAAAGAAAGCAAGUCAGAAGGGAAUUGCGAGCUUCUAAGGAUUUGGAAAGAGUGAGUAGCACUGGUAAUAGUCGGCUCUCGUAA